AUGUUGAAAAGAUUCCCUACCCCUAUCCUUAAAGUAUACUGGCCUUUCUUUGUGGCUGGCGCCGCAGUGUAUUAUGGUAUGAGUAAAGCUGCUGACCUUUCUUCUAACACGAAGGAAUUUAUCAAUGAUCCAAGAAAUCCCAGAUUCGCAAAAGGUGGAAAGUUUGUGGAAGUUGAUUGA